GGGCCGCGGUCGGCUGCUGCGCGUCCGGAAAAGCCUAAAGGUUAGAUUGUGAGAAAAUCCGAAGUCAUGUUUCGAAGACCUGUGUUCCAGGUGUUCCAUCAGUUUGUAAGACGUGAGUCCGAAGUGGCCAGCAGCUUGGUUCUUGAGAGAUCCAUGAACCGUGUUCAGUUACUUGGGCGAGUAGGUCAGGACCCUGUCAUGAGGCAGGUGGAAGGAAAAAACCCGGUCACAAUAUUUUCCCUGGCAACAAAUGAGAUGUGGCGGUCAGGAGACAGCGAAGUGUACCAAAUGGGUGACGUCAGUCAGAAGACAACGUGGCACAGGAUCUCAGUGUUCCGACCAGGCCUCCGAGAUGUGGCGUACCAGUAUGUGAAAAAGGGGGCUCGCAUAUUUGUGGAAGGGAAAGUGGAUUAUGGUGAAUACAUGGAUAAAAACAACGUGAGGCGGCAAGCUACAACAAUCAUAGCUGAUAACAUUAUAUUUCUGAGUGACCAGAUAAAAGAAAAGGCAUAGAACGGAUGAGUCCUUGAUCAUUGUUUGGUAUUGGUACAGCCUCCUUCCCAAAUCAUGUAUAGUCUAUAGUUUAAAGAUAAAGAUUAAAAAGUUUUAUAUAAAAUGAGUGUGGUAUUUUUCCUGA